CGAGCGCUAGGUGGCGGUGUUUGCACCAUUCGAGCGAAUCGCAACCAAGACAUUUCAGAAGAAGAAACUCGGGCUACUCAUCGAUAUCUACAAAUUGGACAAGGAGCACUCCUUGACGGACGCUUAGUCUCUCUUUCCUGUCUGUAAAGGUUGGAGAUGGACGCCGCUGAAGACACCGGUGAAGCCGAGACUGUUAGUGCUCAGAGCCUGUAUGCGACGCUCGGCCUGUCCUCCGAAGAUGUGGAUGCACUCGCGCAGAUUCCCGAAAGCGAAAUCAGCGUGGAGACCCUCCCUUAUCUCAUCAUGCAGCUCAAAGCCAAGAGAGCCCUUAAAGAGUCUUCUACCGCAGACACUGAGUUCAGAGACAAGUCCAGGCCUCCACAGGACAAGCGCAGCACACCCGAGAGAUGCUCCAGCGACAGACGCAGAAGCCCCUUGUCUUCCAGCUCAGUGCGGCGCUCCGGGAGCCACGAGCAUCAUGGGAAAGGGGAGGGGCACAGGAAGUUUGAGAGGUACACGGGAGGAAGAAGAGACCUGGCUCACAGGAAGUCCUCCCGAGAGAGACCGAGUGCGGAUCACGUGGCUGUGGAGAUGGAGUCGGGCGACAACCCAACCGUUUUCCCACACAAAUGCCCUCUUUGCAAGUGCAUGCUGAAUUCCAUCAAGACAUGGAGAGACCAUCUGUCAGGGGUCCGCCACAAGUUUAAUGAAUCUGAGCGCAGUUCUCGCUCAUUUCAACCCUCUAAGAGAGCCUACAGCUCCGAACACGCCAUCGGGGAUCAGUACAUGUCCAGCUCAUCAGACCACCUCUACCCUCCUAAGCCCAAUACAAGAGUGGUCGUUGCUAAGUUUCCUAUGGGUGCCGUGGCCGUGGGGGAGCUUCUAGAGCUUGGAAAACCAUUCGGCACAAUUGUGAAGCACCUGGUGUUCCCAGCGAAGGGAUUCCUGGAGUUUAGUUCUCACAAGGAGGCUCAGAAUAUGGUCAAUCACUUCCAGCUGAAACCAGCCUUCGUAAAGGAGAGCGCAGUAGUCCUCUACUUAUCUCCGACAGUGGAAGGCAUUUAUACCCCACCCAAGUUUGAUACGCCUUCACCAAAACGAACAAAGCGUUCGAAUGCGCCUUCGGUGGUGUGUUUCUCACGUCUGCCUCCCGGGGAGGACGUCGAGGCUGAAGUGCUGGAGCUCGCAGGCAUGUUUGGAGAGGUGUGGCAGUCCAAGUUCACUGACUGUAAGGCCUUGAUAGAGAUGGUUGACUGGCGUGAUGCCGACAUCAUGGUGAAGUAUUACUACAGUAACCCUCUGAGGAUUCAGGGCAGAAGUGUCAAAGUGACCAUGACGCACAUCACAAGCCUGAGAGAGAACAGUCCUCAGCCUGUGAGCAGAAAAUCUGACCCGAGCAAACACAGCAGACAAAGAGAGGAGUCCACGUCUAGCAACAAGGACAAGAGCGACGGCUCAAACCAAGAAACCGUAGAGAAAGAAGACGAGGUGCUGGAUGAAGAGGAGGGCGUUCAGCUGGAGGAUGAACCUGGGAUGCUUCAUGAUGAGGAGGAAGAAGAGAAACAAGAUGAGCAAAAGCUGGAAGAGGAGAGACCUAGCGCUGCGGAGGAGAACAGAGAGAGAGCUUCAGAGCAGAAUCCAGACCAAGAGGGUGUUGUGGAUGAUGCAGAAUUUCCAGAGAACAUGGAAGAUUUCGUUACAUUAGAUGAGCUGGACUACAAUGCAGGAGACUCCACUGUGCCAACGGAUAGUAAAGUAGUGGUGGUGUGGCCUGUCAAGAGGAGCCCUGACCUGAUGAAGGACCUUCACAGUCUGACUGCUCCCUUCGGCAGGAUGGUCAAGCAUUUAUCCACGUUCAAACAGGAGGCUAUGAUUGAGCUGGAAACCGCUGAAAAAGCGCAAGAAAUGGUGCAGUUCUUCAGCAAUCACAAGGCAACGAUAUGCGGCAGACCGGUGUCCGUUUCCAUGUGCCUUACCAUGAAGACAAUAGAGAGCCCCAGCGGGAGGUCUAUUUUCAUCAGCCGUCUUCCCAACCAGAGGAACCUGCGACAGAAAUACACUCACAAAUCCCUCUUCAAACUAACCAAGCCUUUUGGGAGACUGACUGGCUACUCUCUGCACAGGUAUCAAGGAACGUGUUACAUGCAACUGGAAAGUACGAAGGCUGCUGAAAAAAUGGUUGCGCAGUACAGUCGGCGGCCUUGCAAGUUUUGGGGGGCGGUGCUGAGGAUAGCCAUGUGCAGGAAAGGGGACUCUCUGAUUCGCUGGAGACUCCCUGAAAAUGCAGAGGAGAGAGGGUUAAAAAAGGACAAAAAAGAAAUUAAUCCAAGCACUGAAAGGACAGAAAAUGACCAGAACCAGCAGAGUUCUUCACUGGAUUGUGAAGGUGUUGGAGGGGAUCCGGUUUGUGAAAGUAAAGGUUCAGAAGAGGAUGGUCAGCUGGAGAAAACCCCUCUGAGCCCUUAUCAGCCAGACCAGAUUGUGGGUGUGAACUACGUCAUCCCAGUAACUGGUUUCUUCUGCAAGCUGUGUAACAUGUUCUACACUGAUGAGAAAAGAGCAAAAUCAGAGCACUGCUGCAGCCUUGAACACUACAACAACCUCAAGCUCAAACAUGUUGAAGUGGUGGAAGAGGCAGAUGGACACCCAGAUGGCUGAGUUAAAGAAGACAAAGACAUUAUUGUACUUUGCAUUUUGUUUUGUUUUUAUUUGUUUUCAUUCCACUUCGUUUCAAUUUUCUUUCUGUUCAGAUCUUUUGUUUUUCAGAGCGCUACGAGAGUGAGUGAGUGUGUGUGCGACAGAUGUGUGUGUGGACAAAAUUGUUAAGCCAUUGUGAUGGUUUGGAUGUUUAACAGUAAGCAGAACGAACAUGUAUAUCAGCUGAAGGAGAGCGUUUUGAAAUAAACUCAAGUUUGUUUACUGUCACCUA